UUAACUUUCCUGUUAAUAGUUGUUCUAAAUAUUGCCAUACAAAAUAUUAUUCGUCAUGUGAAGUGCUUUAUCCAAAAGAUAAACACAAAAAUAUAUCCAUAACCUUGACAAGGAUCGCAACAAUGGCGUCAUAAUAUGACGCACAUCGCGGAUCAUUGAGAGAUCGCAGUUCCGUUUAUUCCGUGUAGUACGGCCGGUUUCUGCAAGAUAAUAAGUGAUAAAUUGUGUACUAUUGACCCGUAAUUGUUACCACCCAAGAAUUUCGCCCCGAAUUGAAGUAAGUAUCGAGUAAGAGUGGUGUCACCAUGCCGGACCACUACCUGCUCCAGUGGAGCAACCACCUGACCAACAUCGCUGCCGCCUUCUCCACACUGCGUCAGAACAGCAAGCUGGUGGAUGUGACGCUGGCCGCUGACGGUCGCUCCAUCCAGGCACACAAAGUUGUGCUCUGUGCCUGCAGCGCCUAUUUUGAGGAACUGCUGUCCAUCAACCCAUGCAAACACCCCAUCGUCUACCUGAAGGAUGUUCAGCACGAGCACCUGUCGGCAGUGGUCGAGUUCAUGUACAGCGGCGCCGUGUACGUGGGCAACGAACACCUCGACGACGUGCUCAGCCUGGGGGCCAGUCUGCGCGUGCGUGGAAUGGUGGAUGUGAAGGGCGCCGGCUCGUCCUCCCGGCAAGGCUCCAACGACGAGAACAAGGACCCCGACACACCGGCUAGCAAGAAGCGCAAACGUCGACCCGGCCUGUCACGGGACAACUCGUCUGAGGAACCAGCGGCCCAACAGGUGACGGUGCUCACCCGCGACCCGUCGGUGGAUCAGGACCCGGGCGUGGUGGAGCAGUUGCCGGCCCCUGCCCAGCCCGGGCCCAUGGAGACCGCUGCCACCUCGGCCGCGGCCGCCGCCUCAGCCGCGCCCUCCACAUCGGCGCCAGAGCAGCCCAUGGGAAAACCAGCCACCGUGCCGACGGCCGCCGAGCGGAAGGCGGCGCCACCGCGCUCCUACUCCGAGGGCGACAUGGGACUCAAGGGCAAGGACGGACUGGACGCUGAAGACGGCUCGUCUCCGCGCGCCAAGCGUUGUCUGCUGCAGCGCCAGCCGCGUGUGAAGCGCGAGUGUGACCAGCCGGUCGGCGGCGGCUCCGCGGACGAGCCGCACGGCCGGCCGCCGCCGCUCUCCCAGCAGAGCGCCUCUGUCGAGACGCUGGUGUCGGAUACUCCGCCGGCCGCCGGCGGGCCGUACCUGGCCGUGCCCACCGGCUCCUACUGGCCCGUCAGACAGAUGUCGACACCGACUCCGGUACUGUCCACCCGCGAGGGCACCCUGGUCAAACAGGGCUCGAUGCCGAGCAUGGCGUGUGUACCGCAGCCGAGCUCCAGCCCGGCCACCAUACAGAAGCAGCGCUCCACGCCCGUGCUGAGCCGAGGGGGCUCCGGGCCGCCAGCGUAUUUCGUGGUGGGCGGCUCGUCUGCCACCCCGCUGAUGCCGGUGGUCGUCAGUCAGAGCCAGUCGGUGCCACAGAUCCUGCUGACAUCGGCGGACGAGGCCCAGCCGCCCUCGGAGCGGUCGCCGAGCUGCCGCUCGCACGCGCCGGUCCUCCGGGACGGGCCGGCCGUCUCCUGUUCACACUGCUGGAACACCGAGUACUCGCAGGGCCGCACACUGCGCAGAAAGACCAAAUACAUGUGCCGCGACUGCUCCGUCAGCCUCUGCAUCGUGCCCUGCUUCCAGGAGUACCACGAAACCGUCUCUAAGUCCCCGCUGGUCGUCACCCGUGACCCCAACAAACCCCUCAACAAGAAAAUCCUCCCCAAGCUCGGCUCGCUCUGAGCGCCGCGCCUUGGUGACGUCAUGACGCCGUGACGCACCCGUGUGACGCGUCACGUAAUCAGUACAUAGAGUGACGCGCGGAGACUAGCGGCGCGAGUGGCGUUACGCAUCUCUUCGUCACGAGGUGUGGCCUGGAAUCGCGGAACGCGACGCGACAUGUGACAUAUCGACGAAGGCUCCGCCGCGCCGGAGCGUUACACAAGUCAUGGAAGCCGUGCACCGCUCACCGAACUGCUAGUGUGAGUGAGCUUGCGCCGUGUGUGGUGGUUUUGUGCGCCUUUACGCGAGGGCGGCUGUCAUCUCUCGCUCCCCCUGUCACUGCUACCGCACGGAGCGGUGCUGAUCGUGUACCUGACCUGUACAUAGUGGCGGAGGGACGAGUAGCGUUAGAGGGGCGCCCCCGCGCAGCGCCCCGGCGACACUGGAGGUUUGCCUGUGCCAUUGUGACCGGAUGAACGGUUGGAGGAGGUGGCGGGUUACAGGAGAGAGUGAGGGAGAGGAGAGAGGAGGGCGGUGGCAGGAGGCGGUGCGCGGUUUGACAGGUGCCGAGGGCGGCUGGGCGCGCAGUAAGGGCAAUUUUAGACGCCACGUCAGUGGACAAAGGGAAGGGGUGGGAAGCGGGGGCGUUCGUGUGACGCUGCGUUGCAUCACUUUAUGUUACGUGAUUUGGCCCGGAGUGGUGUGGUUUGGCCGCGUGUGUUUUAGAGGGACGUCGGUCGGUGUAUUCCUGGAACGAAGCGCGCGGCGAAUGGCCGGGCUCUGGUCUGACCUGACCUGACCCGGGCUGAUGUAACGUCAACGGUCCGUUGGACGGCGUGCUGCCAUAUGGCGCCUGCGGGCUGCCAGAUGAUCUUAUUGUGUGUAUAUUAUGUGUGUUUGGAGUGUGCGAGUUAUUCCCGCUGGCCACGGGGUUGACGAGACUCCGAUCGAAUCGGAGGUGAAUCCGGUCUGCUCACAAGUUUGUGUCGACAACCGUGAGCGCUGUUCACUAGAAGCGUCCGUAGAAUAAACACGUACGUUCC